AGUCUUACUUUGACAGGAAAUCGGGAGGACACGGAGCAUGGAGAGUAUAGUGAGGGGUUAACUACAGUGACAUUUACUACAGCAGAGCCGAGUCUCACCUGUCUCCCUAACCCUAGCAUUCAUGCGUAUGUAUCUGCAGGGUGUUCACCAGAGAAAACAAUAAAAAUAAGAAAACAGAUCAAACGAGAUUCAUGUGAAUAUUUAAAGAACUAUGUUUACACUUUUGAAAGAGAUGAAUAUGAUCCUAGUUUUAUGGAGGGUACGGAAGGCAUCGCUGACGACCAAGGAAUCCUCAGCAUCCAGUAUGACUACGGGAGACAUGGAUGCCCAGAUAGAUCAUACUAUAGUGAUGGAUAUAAACCACAGUUUGAUUUGUAUAUGGGUGAUGAGUUCAUUGAAAAGAUGGACACCGACUAUGCCAUGAUUGAGAUACACGGUGUACACAACUUUCAAUACCUCAUGACUGCUCAGCAGGCUGGAUGUAGACAGCCCCCUCAGAGUUGGGUGGAUAUGUUGAGAUUACAGGAUACAUCUAAGGAUCCAAACACAGCUUGGACUAGAUAUAAUUAUCAUGACUGUCUUGAAGGGAACGGAACCGAGAUCACAGACCGGUCUCCAUACCAAGUCUUGAGUUCCAGGUCUCGGAACAUGGUCCUAUGGAUAGAGAAGAAGGCCAUCUAUGUCUUCAAUGUGACUGUACUGGAUCCACAAUACAGUUACUGUAACCUUCAAACUCAGUUUGCUGUUGAGGUAUACGGCGCCCUCCCCCCAUCCGCAGUCUCCGCUAUCAAGGUCAUGCUUAUUACCUGUGCUCUGGGUUUAGCUGGUGUCGCCUUUAUCUUCAUCUAUUACCUCAUGCAGCAGAGAGAAGCAGAAGAGGAACAGCGAACGCAGAAGAUCCCUCAAUUUCCUCAUUAACAGAUACUUUAAUUAAAGCACAAUUUUUUAUGAUGAUGGUGGUGAUUCACUUGGUCUAUACAUGUACCUGCUGUUUUUUUCCAUCUGGGCCCUGUCUUACAAAUAGUUGCAAUUGAUCCAAUCCAUCUCAAGUAUAUGGAAUUCCAGUAAUGUCAUUAUUUGUCAUUAGGAAAUUUGCUCAAUGUCCUUUGAAAACAAAGAGAAGCAUACUGAAUUAUCAAGAAAACAGUGAAUGUAUGAAUAUACAUCAUUUCUAGAAAAUAUUUGGAACAGACAUGCAUUUUGGAUUUUGACGUUGCUGGCUUUCCAUAGUUGCGAUUAACCGGAUCGGUCGCAACUCUUUGUAAGGCCCCCUGGGGUCCGUUGCAGAAAGAGUUGCGUAUAAACGCAAGUCAAAAAAUCAAUCGCAAGUCCCAAAUGCGCGCUGUUGAUUGGUUGAAAAUCAAGUUGCGCUUGAUCUUUAGAGUUGCGAUUGAUUGCAACUCUUUCUGCUACGGGACCCUGGUCACAAAUUUGACCCUAAGCACGUCGCUUUGCUAGUGAAAAUAGAUACCCCUUUUUUCAUUAUUUUAGUGUUUUUGACACCUUUAUUACGUUACGUACGUAACAUGCCCUAUCUUGAAAAAGCCAUCCUUUUUACAUGUUUUUUGGGUCGCGCAUGGUAUCUACUCGUCAAUGUAAGUGCCCCCCCCCCCCGUUUAGCAAUGAUGAUGUUUUACAAUAUGUGACUUGGCUGCUACCCCAAAACCAACAAUAAAUUGCCGAAAAAGAUUCUCGGUAAAUGCCAAGAUAGUAAUUUGGUAUUCAGAAAAGCAAAUUUAGAAAAUUAGCUUAUUUGCAAAAGUGAUUAUUCUUCCUAUUUUCAAAACUUGAAGUUGUAGAGUUUAAGUAGAAAACAAAAUACAAGAGUUUGCCUGAUGCCAUUUCCAGUAUUCCUACUUGAAAGUCUCAAUGAGAUCUGUACAGUGUGCACAUCUUAUGCUUGAGUGAACUCCAUAUGUCAAACUUUGUUUUCUCCUUAUUCUUUAGAGCUCUCACUGAAUAUCUUCUCCACUCAAUCAAGUAUUUGCGUAGCUUAAUCGAUCAAGUUUGACAAGGUAUUUAUCAUUUCAAAGCUUCGGAUGUGCUCAUUCAAAUUCAAUAAAAUUAAUUUUAUAAUUAUUUGAUGGUUUUGGGCUGGCAGGUCAAAUACAAACCUGCCAACUACUCACUUUUUUCAAGGAGUUACCUCAUUUUUAAGAUUUGUUAUCAACCAAAAAGAAGAGCUCUCUGUUUUCCAUUUAUUUAAGAUAAGUAAACCAGCCCAUUAUGUGUGAUGGGGUAUGGGUGUAUGAGUAAUAUAGUUUUUCAACACCUGUAAUUUCUCAAUGUUUAAAUAUAAGAAUGCUAAACAUGUCUUGAUAAAAAAAAAUGAGACAGACUCGCCUGAAAUCGAGCAGAAAAAUUGGCACCGCACGAUUAGGACUCCUUUUUUUAUUAUCAAAUGUUUGCAGGCCUGAGGUUUAGACCAUCUACUAGUACACUGUAGACCAAGUUGAUAGACACCAACAAUUCACAGCAUUUUUAUGGUGUCUUAUCUCUGUUCACGAGUGAAGACCUUUUUAAAAAAAAAAUAGAUUUAAAUGUCUGGCAGUUAUAAGAUUCUACAUCAGCAUGCAAUGUAUGCACAGUAGCCCACCAUAAGCUUACAUACUGUAAAAUCCCUCAAAGUUUUAUGAGGUUAUAAGAUGAUUGUUUAUAAAAUGCAUUUUCUUUUAUAUUCAAAAGUACAUUUCUAUUUCUACUUUUUAAAAGCAUAUUAUGUAUCCUUUUUUUAUAUAAUGAAUAGUUUCUUUAUUAUUUAGAUGUAUUGUAUACACCAAUAUCUAUCCUAAAGUAUGACUGUUUAAUUAAAUUUGUGUCCAGUUCUUGCCUUGAAUUCCAUAGAAAUUCCAAAGUGUGAUCAGUUUUCUAUUUGUUUUUAGUAAAUUCCUGUUUUUUAUUUCUAUUUUGGAUUAUGUAUUUUAUUAAUAAAUUUGAUAAUAUUGAUUUAACCCUAAAAGCAUUGGGCCUCCCCACUUCGCGCGAUACAUGUAUUUCUAAAACGCCAAAAGAUAGUGCUGCAAAAUUUUAUGGCUUUUUUCUUUGAAGGCACAAAUUUUAAGACCGACUUUAUGACAUAUAGGUAUGUCACAAAACCACUGGAAAACAAAAGAUGAAACAAAGAAAGACAUAAGAAAUUCUAAAAACAAAGAAAUACUUAAGGAAACAAAAUUGCUUUGCAAUUUUUCUUUGUGAAAGUCUUUUAAUUGAAUUACAAAGAUGACAUCUGAAAAAGAAGAAAAUUUGAAAUGAAAUUGGGUGUUUUUCACGAAUAAAUUUGCAUAUUAAAAAAAAAAAAUCAGAUUUUUUUAAAUACUGGCUAGCAGUUUAUGUACUAAAGAGAUCAGAAGGGGGGGGGGGUGCAUUCAUGCCCCUCCCCGUCCUCAAUACAUCUCAAAUAGCCCGGUCCUUAUAGGUUUAACAACCAAGAUGUAAAUACAAAAGUGGUGGAGAGUUGGGUUGAGGGCUGAGGGUUAUGAUAACAAUCCAUCUCUUGACAAUUUGUAAAUGUUAUGAUUAUUUUUAAGUGUACCAUUUUUAUUUGGAGUGAUAUUUGUUUAGUAAUAAAAAUGAUAAUUCAAUUCAAAUAAAAAUGGUCUUUCAUUUCACAAACUUCUACAUUUUAAGUAAACAAUAAAUUCAUACAAAAUUCAGUUGGUCACGAAGAAUACAAAUAUGUUCAUGUUAUGUUUGCAGAAGAAGGCGUCAGACUUGUGGCGGGAUACGCCUGUAUACAUAAAUUAUACCAACGUGCUUAUACAGCACAUACUGCCAAUUGCAUCCAUAUGCGCUCU